GCCCUGUAGUCACGUGAUGGAGACCACGGCUCUUCUCUGCUUCCUCCUCCUGGCCCAGGCGUCUGCGUUUCCAUGGUUACACAACUCUAAGAGCAACGUUCUUGUGCAAGAAAAAGUUCAAGUAGAAUUAGUCACCCCUUCAUCCCACCAUGACCACGGAGGAAGUCGAUUCGCGCGCGCAGCGGAAGUCCUUCCGGACGACCUCCACUUCCGGUUUGACCUGGGGUCACGGGAGGUCAACCUGAGGUUAGGGAGAAGCGCGCGGGGCUUGAGGAAAGACGCUAAGAAAGACAUUGUGGACUUCCCGGUGUUUGUCAUUGAGAACGGGAGGAUACAGCGGAAACAGAUCUUGCACGACCAGCCAAUCGGCGUGUACGCCAACGAGUCGACAGGAAGCUCCUUCGUGGUGAGGAAAACCAGCAACCGGUCGGACUUUAUCCUGGAAGGCAUCUUCUACGACGGUUUGGACCAGUUCCACAUGACACGUGACAUGCACGGAGGCCUGCAUCGAAUACACAAGCAGACGCGGGUAGUCGAUUUCCAGGACGAUUACGUCAAUUUCAUUCACGAAGAAGAGCACAAAAAGGUUGGCAUGGACAGCACGAGAGCUCCACACAUGCGCAAGAGUCACGCGGUACAUAAACGUCAGGCGACGGGGAGUGAGCACGACAUACAGCUGUUUAUGGUAGCGGACAACAGGGACUAUCGCACAUGGCUGAAGUACUACGGAUACAACUCAACGCUCACUGAGCUGGAGAUGAACCUUUACUACGCCUUCAUUGCAAACUCCAUGAGCGUCAGAUACAGCAGUGUCAGCCUGGUCGACCCGUCCUUCCACCUAGACAUCGUCAUUACAGGACUACUCAUUGUCAACUCCCAGGCCGUGUCAUACUGGACAGAGGACUAUACCCUGAGGCCUGGCUCCCACUAUGUGGACGCGAGUGGAGCCCUGGAGUCCUUCCGCCACUGGGUCAAGUCGGCCCGGUUUGACCUACCCCCGAGUGACCACUGGAUGUUGUUUACUGGGUUCGACAUAUUCACGGACCGGAACCCUAAUGUUGCAGACACGUGCCCACAAGGUGACGACCCGACCGCACCGUGCGUGAGAGAUGACUGUCCUUACUACACAGGCCGCACGCGCCUCGUCUACUGCUGCCACACGUGCAGGUCUCUGGCCCCGGCCUGGCUCUCGCUGCUCACCAACAAGGCCUCCGAGACUCAAGUCGUUCGACGGACGCCUCACCACUCCCCGCCCGUCCACACUUACCCAGCGCUCUCGCAACAGCGGUCGCGCAUGCAGCAACGAGUACAGACACCACCACCACAACAACAACAGCAGCAACAGCAACAACAGCAACAACAACCACAACAAUCACAACAAUCACAGCAACAACAACUUCCACUGACCUCGAAGAAACCGUCCCACCUCGGCAACCACGACCCUCUUCGGUCCCAUACGUCGGUGAUGAAGUCCCAUCUUCAGCAGCAACAGCAACAGCAGCAACAGCAGCAACAACAACCACAACAGCAACAAGAACAGCAGCAGAAUCAGCAGCAGCCACCACCCCAACCACCACCACUUCCACAACCACAACCAGCAGCCCUGCCUCCACCCUCCAUAUCCCCUCAAAGGUUUCAGAAUUACGUCGGACAUCCCGCAUCGACCAAACGUCAAAACGACCUGCAUUACCUGCAGCAGCUGCAGAUUUUACAGCAACAGCAGCUGCAACUGCAGCAACAGCAGCAAAGGUUGUUGCAACUGAAGCAACAGCAACAUCAGCAACAGCAACAGCAGCAGCAACAGCAACAGCAGCAACAGCAGCAGCAACAGCCGACUCCUAUUCACCCGGCUCUGCAAACUCAGUCUCAAAUCCCCAAGAUACAGCGACUGCCGGACCUGUCGCAGCAAAACGCGAUCCAAGUCCCCAGAUUCUCUCCAACUUUGCUGCAAGGUCAACAGUUGCUUCAGCAACCACAACCACAACCGCAACCACAACAAACGCAGCUACAACAACAACAGCAACAGCAGCAGCAGCAGCAGCAGGAACAACAACAACAGCCAAUUUCAAUCCCGAUGAAUCAGCUGAUUCCUCUAGUGCUGCAGAGUUUUAUGCACAUGAGCCAACAGAUGCAGCUACAACAUCGCUAUUUACAACAGCAACAACAGCAACAAAAACAGAAAAAAGAUAUACUGCAGCAACAACAGUUGCCAGGGAAACAACAACAGCAGCUGCAGCAACAGUUCCAGAUGGUGCUUCCAACAGAUUCGCCGACAACAUCGACUCCUUCACCACCCCCUCAGCCGGCCACUUCACAAUCUCAUCAUCAUCACCACCAUCAACAGCCUCAACAACAACAACAACAGCAGCAGCAACAGCAGCAGCAACAUCAGCAGGUGAAUCAGCAUCAGCCGCAGCCUCAUCUACAACAACAGCAACAGCAACAACAACAACAGCAAGUACAUCUGCCUCAUCAACAACAGCAGCAGCAACAGCAAGUCAGGAAACGCAAAUACAGUGGACACCCGGGUCUCAAAAAGUAG